GGACAGGGGAGGAGGGUGAGGGCUCCUCUUAGGAAGUUAUUUAAGAGCCAACUUUCUUGUCUUUCCUGAGUCCUUUUGAGGAAGUCCCCGGGGCGUACAGAGCAAGCCCACGCUAGGGCACCUCUGGAGGGGAUCGCCCGCAGGACCUUGUAAAGCCAAGAAUGUCAGAAACCUCCAGGAUCUCCUCCUUUGGGGGCAGGAGAGCAGUUCCACCCAACAACUCCAAUGCGGAGGAGGAUGAUCUGCCCACAGAGGAGAUUCACAGCCUGGUGCCCCGGGGCGUCAACAUGGAAGACUUUCUUAAUGUCACGAACGUUCACCUGUUCAAGGAGAGAUGGGAUACCAACAAGGUGGACCACCACACUGACAAGUAUGACAACAACAAGCUGAUUGUCCGCAGAGGGCAGCCUUUCUACAUGCAGAUCGACUUCAAUCGUCCAUACGGCCCCAGCCGGGAUCUCUUCAGGGUGGAAUAUGUCAUUGGUCGCUACCCGCAGGAGAACAAGGGAACCUACAUCCCAGUGCCUAUAGUCCCAGAGUUACAAAGUGGAAAGUGGGGGGCCAAGGUUGUCAUGAGAGAGGACAAUUCUGUGCGGCUGUCUGUCCAGUCUUCCCCCGAAUGUAUCGUGGGGAAAUUCCGCAUGUAUGUUGCUGUCUGGACCCCCUAUGGCAUACUUCGAACCCGUCGAAACCCAGAAACAGACACGUACAUUCUCUUCAAUCCUUGGUGUGAAGAUGAUGCUGUGUAUCUGGAUGAUGAGAAAGAAAGAGAAGAAUAUGUCCUGAACGACAUCGGGGUAAUUUUUUAUGGAGAGGUCAAUGACAUCAAGACUAGGAGCUGGAGCUAUGGUCAGUUUGAAGAUGGCAUCCUGGACAUUUGCCUGUACGUGAUGGACAGAGCACAAAUGGACCUCUCUGGAAGGGGAAAUCCCAUCAAAGUCAGCCGUGUGGGGUCUGCAAUGGUGAAUGCCAAAGAUGACGAAGGUGUCGUCGUUGGAUCCUGGGACAAUGUCUAUGCCUAUGGUGUCCCCCCAUCAGCCUGGACUGGAAGUGUUGACAUUCUAUUGGAAUACCGGAGCUCUGAGAAUCCAGUCCGAUAUGGCCAAUGCUGGGUUUUUGCUGGUGUCUUUAACACAUUUUUACGAUGUCUUGGAAUACCAGCAAGAGUUGUUACCAAUUAUUUCUCGGCCCACGAUAAUGACGCCAAUUUGCAAAUGGACAUCUUCCUGGAAGAAGAUGGGAACGUGAAUUCCAAACUCACCAAGGAUUCUGUGUGGAACUACCAUUGCUGGAAUGAAGCAUGGAUGACAAGGCCUGACCUUCCUGUUGGAUUUGGAGGCUGGCAAGCUGUGGACAGCACCCCCCAGGAAAAUAGCGAUGGCAUGUUUCGGUGUGGCCCCGCCUCGGUUCAAGCUAUCAAGCAUGGCCAUGUCUGCUUCCAAUUUGAUGCACCCUUUGUUUUUGCAGAGGUCAACAGCGACCUCAUUUACAUUACAGCUAAGAAAGAUGGCACUCAUGUGGUGGAAGCUGUGGAUACCACCCACAUUGGGAAAUUAAUUGUGACAAAACAAAUUGGAGGAGAUGGCAUGAAGGAUAUUACUGAUAGUUACAAAUUCCAAGAAGGUCAAAAAGAAGAGAGACUGGCCCUAGAAACUGCCCUGAUGUACGGAGUUAAAAAGCCCUUCAACACAGAAGGUCUCAUCAAAUCGAGGUCCAAUGUUGACAUGGACUUUGAAGUGGAAAAUGCCGUGCUGGGACAAGACUUGAAACUUACCAUCACCUUUCAGAACAAAAGCCACAGGCGUUACACCACCACAGCUUAUCUCUCAGCCAACAUUAUCUUCUACACCGGGGUCUCAAAGGCAGAAUUCAAGAAGGAGACGUUCAGUUUGAUGCUGGAGCCCUUGUCCGUCAAGAAAGAGGAGGUGCAGAUCCGAGCCGGCGAGUACCUGGGUCAGCUGCUGGAACAGGCGUCCCUGCACUUCUUCGUCACAGCUCGCGUCAAUGAGACCAAAGAUGUUCUUGUCAAGCAGAAGUCCAUCGUGCUAAUAAUCCCUGAGGUCAUCAUCAAGGUCCGUGGCGCUCAGGUAGUUGGUUCUGACAUGAUUGUGACAGUUGAGUUUACCAAUCCUUUAAAAACAACCCUGCAAAACGUCUGGAUAUACCUGGAUGGUCCUGGGAUAACAAGACCGAUGAGGAAGAUGUUCCGUGAAAUUCUGCCCAACUCCACUGUGCAAUGGGAAGAAGUGUGCCGGCCCUGGGUCUCUGGGCCUCGGAAGCUGAUAGCCAGCAUGAGCAGUGACUCCCUGAGACACGUGUAUGGUGAGCUGGACGUGCAGAUUCAAAGACAACCUUCCAUGUGAAUGCACAGGACGCUGAGAUGAACCCAGGAAUUUGGUCUCUUGUAGUCUUGGCCAAGGAAAUUCGAAUGCAAAAGUAGUCAGCUCUUGCUUUGACUUAGGUGUGAAGACCCAGACAGGAAUGGAAGAGCCCCAGAGUGGGGAUCUCGUGUAUUUCAAAGACAUACUUUUCAAAACCCAGGCUAUUUGGCAUGGCAGUUAGUUUUUAAUCACUCCACCUUCCAAAGAAUGCUGAGCAUUAGCUUUAAUUAAGCUCUAAUUAAGCUCUCAUAGCUCAUAAGAGUAACAGUCAUCAUUUAUCAUCACAAAUGGCUACAGAUCCAAAUAUCAGUGGGCUCUCCUACCAGGGAGAUUUGCUCAAUAGCUGGCCUUAUUUAAACAAGACUUCAGAUUCCCCACUCAGCCUUUUAGGAAUAAUAGCACAUGAUUUGGGCCCUGGAAUUCUAUUCCUCUUUCUUGGAGUCAGGUUCUACCCUCCGUGUCAGAGUAUUUUUCCCAGGACUGGAGCACAACAUAAUUUUAAUUUUUGGCAAAGCCAGGAAAAGCUCUUUCAUCUUGCACCUGCAGCCAAGCAAAUGCCUGCCAAAUUUCACAGAUUUACCUUGUGAGAAAAUGUGGCCCCAUAUUAACAAAUUGCAUUUGUGAGAAACUUAAUCACCUACAAAGAGAUAAGAAAGCAGGUGAAAUGCUCGGGUCUAUUGAAUAAUGUAGUUUUAUGGUGCAUUUUAUAGAAGGUGUCACGCUGUGGCCUGACAGCACGAACCAAAAUCCCUUACUUUAACCCUUCCUGGGGUGCAAUUCUAGGAAGUAAAGUGAGGAAUUUAUCUCUUUAGUUAGUGAUUAUAUUUCACUUAUCUCUCAGGAAUCGUCCUUGCAGAAUGACACAGCUUCAGGUUCCUUUUCAGAGAUAUAAUAAGCCCAACAAGUUGGAGAAGCUGGCGGAUCUAGUGGCCAGAUGUAUAGAAGGACAGCAGCCACUGAUUAUCUCUUGUCCUUCACGUCACCCAUGUUGAGACCUCAGCUUGGCACUCAGGUGCUGAAGGGUAACAUGGACUCAGCCUUACAAACAGCCAGUGCUAGUUCUGACCCAACCACAGAGGAUGCUGACAUCAUUUGUAUUAUGCUCCAAGGCUACUACAGACAAGGCUACAUGCUCUUUAUUUGCAAGGCUGAUUUAUGGUCAGAAUUUCCCACUGACAUGUCUAGAGUGUGAGUUAGGUCAGCAGACUGUGAUUCUUAGCCAAAAAAAAUGAACAGUGGUAAGACACUGGGAGCAAAAUCAGAAUAGAAUGCUCUGGUCUAUAUAACUACAUUUCCAGGAGCAAAAUCAGAAUAGAAUGCUCUGGUCUAUAUAACUACAUUUCCAAGCCUUUGAGACUGUUUCUGAGCCUGCAGCACUAACCUAUGACGGUGAGCUGGUCUCCUCUAUAGAUACAUAGUACUUAACUUUACUAAGUAAUCUCACAGCAUUUGCCAAGUCUCCCAAUACCCAAUUUCAAAGUGAAAUGCAUUUUGCUAGAUAAACUGGCUUAACUUAGUAUACUAUUACUAAUUAGAAUGUCAUAGAAGCUUAAAAUAAAGUUAAUCUGAUUAUAUUUGCAUCUGCACAGAAGUGAACCCUCUUAAUUUUCAAUAUGAUAUACUAUUAACCACAACUUCUUGAGAAACCAUCCUUCCUCCACAGUAGACAACCCACCCUGGAUAGGAAGACAAGCAUUUGUCCUCUGAAGAAAAGGACUCUAACAGGUGUUAAUGCCACAGUUAGUUUUCUUCACCUCGCUCUUUCUAGAUUUUAUUAGCUACAUUCACUGAAGGAUCAAGUUGCAUAUUUAGUUCAAAAACAAGCUUCCAGAAACUGUAAAACCUCUGUAGAUAUUUUCUCCUGAACCAUCUCAUGAACCAUUGUGGUGAAUCAGUGGAUAGCCAGCAUGGAUGCCUAGCCUAAUGAACAACUGUUAUGGUCUUACAAUAGGGAUGAAAAAUAUAUGACAAUCAUGUGUAAGAGAUCCUAUAUUCGUGGCAGACAUCACUGAACAAUUGUAGCUCAGAUAAGACCUCAGAAUCUUUCCCAAAUCCAGGUAGCAAUUAGCAACUGAUUUGAAACUAGCACCCGAGACGGAACGUGUUUGUCAUGCUUACCCUUAAGACCAGCCCCUCCCCUCUGAUAGCUGGUAUUUCACACAUGUAUUAGUGCUAUGGCUCUAAGAAUUAUAAUUUAGCAAUGGUAACAAGCAAUAGCAGCAGAGACUAUGAGUUCUAGCUCUCCCUGAGUUGCUUCCUGUGCUAGUCCUUAAUGCUUUUGAACAAAUCCUUAUCAAUGUUUAGAACGUCAAUGACAAAAGAGGGGAAACAUAAGAAAUGUAAAUAUUUUCAUUUCUUUUGUUUCUCCUGAGGGAUAUCUCAAACAAACCUUAACAACAACACAUAUAAGAUGAUAGACAGACAGAUGAUAGAUAGUUUUUCCAAAUAAUUUCACCUCAUCGGCCUUGUGAGACAGAAGUAAAUAUCGUUAUCUCCAUAAUUAAGAACCUAGUUAAGCCUAGGAAGUGAUGCAUCAUGGCAAAUCAAGCUAGGGGUGGGAGUGGGCAGUGAAACAACUCUGGUUUCAGAAUCACUGCUUGCUGUACACUGUUUAAAUCUUUUGUUGCUUCGUCAGAGUUUUAACAAUGCUAACUUAAGACCAACUUCAGAAUUCUUUGAAGAGCUGCAGUAUAACAACAAAUAAAAAUAUGUAUAAAUUUAUA